UCUUUUAGAUAAUUUUGAAACGCAAGUUGUCAAAAAGGGAAAUGCCGAAGUUUUUCUUUUCGUGGAAAUUUCGUCAGCUAGAAUAAUAAUAGUUAUAUUAGAGCCCAACGUAUUAAAUUUGUGUACAAUUUUAAUUUAUUAGAAACUGCUGUAGUCAGUUUCAGAUAAGAAUGGCAGAUUCAACUACUACUGAGAAACUACAAGAACUAGCAGUAAAUGAUGAUGACGAUGAUGUCGUGGACCCUUGGAAUGUUUCCAGCAAGUCAGAGAAAGGAUUUGACUAUGAUAAACUAAUAAAGAAGUUUGGUAGCAGCAAGAUAGACGACGAGCUCAUUGCAAGAUUUGAAAAAGUUACUGGACACAAAGCCCACCAUUUACUACGCAGAGGUAUUUUUUUCUCCCAUAGAGAUAUGCACACAAUAUUGAAUCUGAAAGAAGCCGGCAAACCAUUCUACCUUUACACUGGCCGAGGGCCGUCUUCCGAGAGCUUGCACAUCGGCCACAUGAUACCGUUUAUGUUCACUAAAUGGCUGCAAGAUGUCUUUGAUGUUCCACUAAUCAUCCAACUGACUGAUGAUGAGAAGGCUCUAUGGAAAGACAUCAAAGUAGAAGAAGCUAUCAAAAUGGCACACAAUAAUGCUAAAGACAUUAUAGCGGUUGGUUUUGAUCCUGAAAAGACUUUUAUUUUCAAUGACUUGGACUUUAUUGGCCAAUGCCCAGCAUUCUACCAAAACAUGGUCCGGAUACAAAAGUGUGUGAACUACAACCAGGCAAAGUCUAUAUUUGGUUUUGGAGACUCUGACGUCAUCGGCAAGAUCACCUUCCCCUCUAUAGAGGCGGCGCCGGCCUUCUCCACUAGUUUCCCUUUCAUCUUUGGAAAGAAAAUCGUGCCAGCACUAGUCCCGUGCGCCAUCGACCAGGACCCGUACUUCCGCAUGACGCGCGACGUGGCGUCUCGCCUAAAGCUGCCCAAGCCCGCCCUCAUUCACUCUACCUUCCUGCCGGCGUUGCAGGGCGCACAGCACAAGAUGUCCGCUAGCGAUCAGAACUCGUCGAUAUUCUUGAAUGAUACGCCUAAGCAGAUUAAGAAUAAGAUAAACAAGUACGCGUUCUCGGGCGGGCAGGCCACGGUGGAGGAGCACCGGGAGAGGGGCGGCAACACGGCCGUCGACAUCUCCUUCCAGUACCUGCAGUUCUUCAUGGAAGACGACGACAGGAUCGCUGAGAUCAAGAAAUCCUACGAAUCCGGCGAGAUGCUAACCGGAGAGCUGAAGAAGGCGGCCAUAGACACCAUCACGCCCAUCAUUACGGAGUACCAGGCGCGCCGGGCACAGGUCACCGAUGAAGUGAUGCAGCAGUUCUUCAAGAUACGCAAGCUCAAGUAUAGCUAUGAAUGAUAGGGUUGGAUUUGUAGAUAGGUUUGUUGUUAAGGUGUGUGAGAAAAGAAUUAGACUUUGGUAUUUUGCUGCAAGCUCGUUUUUAUAAAUUUAAUUAUUGAAUUUUCUGCGUUGUAUUGAAAAAGAUUAAAAUGUAGUAAAAUCUACUGCAGGAAUAAAACCUAUUAUUGUUUGGUAGCGUGUCGGGUUUGUUUAUAGGCUAAAAAUGAAAAGGAUUGAAAAGAAAUUUUAUCUUACACUUUUCACACACGUUAUACGCUGAUCUCUUAUGACCUUACUACUAAUAAACAGUUUAUUAAAACUGGAGUUAUAGGUUGAUCUGCUACAAUAAGCAUAAGAUGAAUAGCUAGUUUAAACCUCUGACAUGUAGUUUAUGUUUAGCAAGCUGUAGCUAGGAUUUAUUUAUUUUUAACUAAGUUUUUAUACCAUGUAAAGUAAGACCAAUUCCUUGGAAAAGUCGUGUGUGCAGCUGUCCACCAACGCAUUCACGGUUAAUUACUGAAAGUUUAGUUACUUAACUAUAUGAAUUAAUGCACAAACAUUUAUUCUUGUCAACUUCUCUGUAGAAGGGGACUAUCUCCUGCUUGACGAGAUACAAAGUUUUGAAGAGGCUGUUGGUUUAAAUCCCGGUAUGUACCAAUGACUGUCAUCAUCAUCACGAACCCACUGCUGCGGCACGCCUUCUAAUGAAGGAAGGGUUUUAGGCCUAGUCCACCAUGCUGGCCCAGAGCGGGUUGGUGGACAAAUGACUAUAAUAGUUGUUUAUGCACUAUUAAUGAGAAAAGGUUCGUUUAUUACAUUAAAAAGUACCAAGAUUCCAUGACAGAAGGCUCGUAUUAUCAGCAUUUAUUAUUAUUUUGUUCCGCUCCUUUGUAAAACAAAAACAAUGCAUAUUGAAAUGUGUCGUUGCUACUUUGUAAAACAAAGCCCGAAAAUCUCAAUUUGUUAGAAAUAAAUAAAAAUAUUGCCUAUAACUAGAUACAUACCUGCAUAAUAUUAUAAGGGCGUUACUUGCUUUGACUAGAGCCGCCAAUUUAUAAAAUAUGAUUCUCAAAUCAAUUACAUAUUUUCAAAUAAAUAUUUAGAAAUAGUAACGCCCUAAUGCCUAAGUAAAAUAAUUGUCUUGUUUUCUUUAUUUACUGAUUUGAAUAGCCACAUAAAGAGUUGUUUAAAACAGCGUUACAUUUGUUUCUAUUGUACUUGAAUGUGUUGAAGACCUUGUGCCUCUAUAUUUAGACCUAACGUAUAUAUAUAUUUAUAUAUAAGUAAUAUUAUUUAUAUUAGUACCGAUUUAUAUCAUACUUCAUUUGUAUUGUAAAAUCUAGCAUGUUUCUUUUAUAAUGUCAGGCAUGAAUCCUAAAAAACUAAAAAAGUAUUUAAAUUAUGUUGAGGCUAUGCUUAAAGCAUAGCAACUGUUGUGAGUUACUAGUGUAAUUACUUUUAUUUAAGGAAUAAAGUCGAGCUUUGAACA